CAACCGGCUGCCCGGUGUGGCUAAACGCGCAUGCUUAGUGCUGUGACGCCGAGUCUCCAUGUGUAAACGGCUCAUUAUUUGGCAACCAGAGAAGCAACGGGCAGGGCUGAAAGGGGAUCCCCGGGAUUUUUUUUUACACCGAACUAAGGGGUAAAUAGUUAUUUGGAACGCGUGGGAAAGUCUCGAGGGAAACUACGGCAUCAUCACUCCUUCUCCCAGGAGGAAAUGUAGGGUGCUGACAGGCUUGAUGUGAGGACCUGAUGUGACCUGGAUGCUGUUGGAGGGUUCGUGUGGAGGUGCAGGAGUGCAGGCUUUUAAGAAGCUGUCGGAGGCGUAGAGUUGUCAUGCAGGCCCCAUUCUGUCCAUCAGAAGGAAAAGCCAGUACUGAGAUGACAAAAGCACCAUCAGACAUACAGCUCUCAACCUGUUCGAUGAGCCUGUGCAAUGAGGAGGAGAAUUGGCCAAAAAGGCUGACUGACUUCACUCUGCAUCCAGGCAAGACUAAUCUGUGUGAGAAGAUGUCGGAGGAGGUGGUGCGACAGACGCGCAGCCAGAAGAGGGCGCUGGAGAAGGAUGCCCCGCCCUCGGAGGCCGAGCUCAAGCGGCUCAAGCUGGAGCACCCAGAGCUGGCGGCCGGCGGCGGCGGCGACGACGAAGGGCUCCGGCUUGGCAGUAACGCAGAGCUGCCCCACGCCACCAAGGUCAGCAGCCUGCUGAAGUCCGGCGAGGUCAAGGCCACCAUCAAGGUGGAGCUGCAGACCGGUGACGAGCCAGUGGACAUGAGCACGACCAAGAGUGAGAUUAAGAAAGAGAGGCCGCCAACGCCAGAUGAUGUCAUUGUGCUGUCGGACAACGAGCCCUCCAGUCCCAUGAUGAAUGGCCUGAGCCACAUCGUGAAGAAGACCGACACGGACAUGCUUAUGAAGAGCAGUCCAGAGGAGCGGGAGCGUAUCAUUAAGCAGCUGAAGGAGGAGCUGCGUCUGCAGGAGGCCAAGCUGGUGCUGCUCAAGAAGCUCCGGCAGAGCCAGAUCCAGAAGGAGAGCACUGUGCAAAAGCCCAUAAACUCUGUGGCAACUCCACCUCCACUGGUCAGAGGCAGUAUCCCCUCCAGUAAAGGCCAGCUCCAAGCAAACUCAGGCCGCAGCUCGGGCACGGUCAUCCCCCCGCCUCUGGUGCGCGGAGGUCAGCAGGUCAACUCCAAACUGGGCUCCCAGAACGCUCAGAUAGUCAUGCCGCCCCUGGUACGAGGCGCUCAGCCAAUCUCGGUGACUCCCCAGCAGAUUCAGAGCCUGCGGCAGCAGCACCAGGCACACUCGGGCUCGGGGCCCCCUCCACUGUUGCUGGCCCCGCGGGCCUCCAUGCCCAACUUGCAAGUGCAGGGCCAGAGGAUCAUCCAGCAGGGCUUGAUCCGCGUGGCCAACGUCCCCAACACCAACGUGCUGGUCAAUAUCUCACAGGCUUCUCCCACCAACCUGAAGGGCUCCACGUUGACUUCCCAGUCCAACAGCUCCGCGGUGAACGUAAACGAUUCACCGGCCAGCCGGCAGGCGGCGGCCAAGCUGGCCCUGCGCAAGCAGCUAGAGAAGACCCUCCUGGAGAUCCCGCCGCCCAAGCCGCCCGCGCCCCAGCUCAACUUCCUGCCCUCGGCCGCCAACAACGAGUUCAUCUACCUGGUGGGGCUGGAAGAGGUUGUGCAGAACCUGCUCGACACGCUGGGAAGAGGAAAGGCCCCAGGAUCGGCCCCUGCGGCCCCCAAGGAGCCUUUCACCUGCUCCCAGUGCCAGACCGACUUCACCUCGCGCUGGAGGCAGGACAAGGGCGGCACCAUCAUGUGCGAGCACUGCAUGUCGUCCAACCAGAAGAAGGCCCUGAAGGCCGAGCACACCAGUCGGCUGAAGGCGGCCUUCGUCAAGGCCCUGCAGCAGGAGCAGGAGAUCGAGCAGCGCAUCAUGCAGCAGGCCGCCUCCUCGCCCCUCUCCUCCAAGUCCUCCUCGUCCUCCGCCGGCACCUCCUCCUCGGUCUCCUCGCUGUCGUCCUCGGUGGUGAAGGCCGAGCAGCACCUGCUGGUUUCUCCGCAGUACAAGCAGGCGCGCUCUCUGUCUCACCAGGCACAGGCUAACCGCGGCACGCCGGUCAACCGCCACCACUCCACCAUCAAGCAGAGUCCAGGCCAUCUGCCUCGUUCGGGCCAGUCUGUGGGGGGCCGGACCGUGAGCCACACCUUCUCCCCGGCGCAGCUGCAGAGUGCCGUGACGGCCGCCGCUCUGGUCAGCAGGCCAGGUAAGCAUGCCAUGCGUGCAGGGGCAAAGGGCAGCAGUGGCGGCGGCAGCAGCAACCGCACCAGCAGCAGCAGCAGCAGCCCCGCUGCCAACGCCUGGAAGAAGCAGAACGCCCUCAGUGCAGCCGUCACCAUGGCCUACGUGAACCCGAGCCUGACGGUGCACAAGAGCACCUCUGCCGUGGAGCGCCAGCGCGAGUAUCUGCUGGACAUGAUUCCCUCUCGCUCCAUCUCUCAGACAGCUAACACAUGGAAAUAACCCCCUUGGGCCCCCUACCGCCCUCCCUCCCCCUCUGUUGGACAUGAGAAUUUAUGGUAGUUAUAAUUGUAAUGAUUUAUCAGCAUAAGAGUGGACAUUUGGUGGAUUACCUCGAUACGAGGUAACCAGCUAUUGACCAAUUAUUAUAAUAAACAAAACAAAAAAAAAAGCUCUUUCCCACACCUGAUCUUCUAUUAUUUCCUCUGAGCUAGCGGUACUUGUGAGGUAAACAUACCCUGUAUGUGUGUUGGGGUUGGAUAAGUAGCCUCUGAGGAAAAGGAAAAUUUGAGGCCUCCAAAAGGAAGUGGGAAGGAGAUGAAACGUGGACCUCUUGGGCACCCAUAGGCAGGAACCCAUCUGCACUAUGCGCAGGCAGCUCAGGGCAGCUGCAGCAGGUCACGCCAAAGAUGGACCCACACAGGCCCGACUACUGGCUUCCGCCACUCUGCUGCUCGCUGUUUUUCCAGUGAGUUAGAUGGCGGAAAACGCACCCACAACGGCAGGGAGUGUCUUUGGGCUUUGUGGACCAUCCACCUAAUCAUACUAGACUUUUUGCUUUAGCUUUGCAAAACUAAGAGACUUAUAUAUGUAUGAAGACACAGUCUGCCUCUUGCCUGAAUCACCAACCAGCAAUGUGGAGGAUCAGGUUUGUGUCAUUUUCUAUUGCUGAUUUUUCUUUCUUUCUCCCCCCCCCUCCCCCCUGCAGUAUACUGUAAGCAGAGACCCCCAACCCCCUCUAUCCCCCAUUCUAAUGAAACUGGACUUUCGUUAAGGUCUAAGUUGUAAGGUCUGGUUAUACAGUUUAGGUGGUUUUACAUCUGAUUGUUAAGUGUUUAUUUUUUAAACACCUUUUUGAAAAAAGCUAAGCGUUAAGGAAGGUAGUGAGCAGUCAUGGACCACUUCUUGGAGAAGUGAUUUCUAUAGUUGGUAUAACCUUCCGUGAUGAAACAGUGGUGCUACUGCUGUACUUAAAAGUGGAUUUGGGGAUGUUGAUCAUGGUAGCAUGUUUCUCCUCUGAGAAGGGGCCAGGGUGUCCUCUUCAUAUAUUAUACUUUUAGUCCUAGGUUGUGGUGUUUUUUUUUCCCUCUAGGUAAGUGCUGUACAUGGGAAUAUUAUUAAAAGGUCACUUUAGAUGAAGGAUAUUCCAAUGCAUAAUUGUUUUGUUUUUAAAUCUCCAGUUCCUUUAUUUAGGUAUUAUCAUCAUCCCCGAUCGUUCCCGCUUUGUCCAGUGCUUUAAAGUAUUGGAAAUAAUUUUCUCAUGAAAUAAUCCAUAAUUUAUUUGUGCUCAGUUUAGCAAUGGGGUGGUGGAAUGAACUUGGAGUAGAAAAUAUUUGUAAUGACUUUACUCUGUUGCUCACACCAAGAGUAAAGUUUGUAAUCGCUCCUGGUGGAGAAAGACAGAAAUGGGGGUGUUGAUGUGGGGGGGGUCCCUUUAGGUUUUAUUGCAGGAGUCCUGUAAAACCGGGUCUAUUGCCCUUAAAGCUAGACUUAUACAAAGUAAUGUCACAAAAUUGGAAAACAAAUGUUUAAGCUCAUUUCGGUGCUUUACAACUUGCCAUAACCAUGUUGGGUUUACAGCAGUGUGUAUUUCAAAACUCCUUUUUGCUCCCCUUGACUACUAGGUUUUGGUACUUCUGAAUCUCAUCACCGACAUUUAACUAACUUGGCAUAUCUAAACAGCUGUGUGUUUUUGGCGAUUCCAGCCUCUCCACCCAUCCAACUUAAUCUAUUCCCACACUUUAUAAAUCCAUGAAAAGUCAUUCAUUUCCCUGUGUUGGAAGUCCUCUGGACAGAACCCUUUGCACCUCUGUGGAGACUCAGUGUCUGUCUUUGGGCUACUGGUUCUGUGGCUGCUCCUGUCUGCAGCGUUGCCCUAUGCUGAGUGAUUAACUAACACCAUUCCGUCUUUAGGGGUGCUGGCCUGUUACCGCCUUGCAUACCCACCAUGAAUUGUACAAGAAGUGUAACUUUUGUUGUAUUUUUUUUCUGCUCAAUUGUUAAUGAAAAUUAAACUAAUUUUAACCCCUUUUACAUUUUUGUGUGAAUAUCUAGGAUUGAAUGGGUUUUCAUGCCUCUGCUGUAAUAAAAGAAAUUAUAAAAUUUG